AUGGACGGACUCUACAGCCUUGUCUACAUCGAAGAGGCAGAGCGCGCCAUACAACAUGCCGCAAUCCAGAACCAUCAGCACCGCGACACCGUGUGGACACUGCUUCGCAUGAAGGCUGAAGGGUCCGAGCACUACUGCUAUGACUCCAUUCCGGUCAACGGCAAGGGUCGUGUACACUGCCGUCAGUCCGAUUUUGAGCACCUGAAUGGUAAGGCCCUUGAUGGUGAAGGGUGCAUACAACCAGCGGGACUCCCGGACGAGGAUUGUUCGGCAACUAGUGCCGACUAUGAAGUCUUUGAGACAGGCGGCCAGAGAUACAUCAUGAUGAACCUUAUGACCAACGGCUUCGAACACUCGGUCAAAGUCUCCAUUGACGGCCACAAGAUGAUUGUCGUUGCAAACAAUGGUUGCUUCGUCGUUCUUGAACAAACCGAUAUCGUAUACAUAACGAGUGCUGCCCGGAUUACGAUAUUGGUCAAGCUCGAUGCCGAACCAGGCGAUUAUGCCAUCCGAAUUUCAUCAACGAGCCAGCUGCAAAACCUCCAGGGUUCCUCGAUUCUGAGAUAUCCGACAUUGGACAAGCCUAUCAUUAGUGACCUGCCAGUUGGGCCUGUGGUCGAUCUCAUUAUAGAGAAUCAGAUCAACGAUACCAUUCCGCUGUAUAAGCACGGAGACCCAGCCUGGCUUCUUGGUUCCGGUUCUGGACAGCCUUUUCCUGGAGAAUCCGUGGAGGAUGCAAUUAUUGCUACCGGCAGCUCUCAUAGGUCUCUCAAUCUGCAUAAUCUAGCGCUUGUCGCUGUACACGAUCUGCUUCCUCUUGGGUGGAGUGUUCUUCGCUUUCAGGUCACUCCUAAAGCCGCAAAUAUGCUUCACUCAGCCAAACUGAGAUACUUUCUGCUCGGUAUGACAGUUCCUAUCUUGGAGGGAAUCACGGCCAAAAACCCGAUUGAGACCCCCGAGGAAGUCCUUGAGCGACCGCACGUUGAGUUUUAG